AUGUCGAACCCCCUCAAAAUACUGGUAUCACGGCGUUGGCCGGAAACUGUCGAAGCCAAACUGCAUGCUCUGGGUGAGGUGACGCUCAAUGAGGCGGAUCAAGCGCUCACUCAGGAAGAAUUAAGCCAGGCGCUGGUCGAUUAUGACGUCAUCUGCCCGACAGUUACUGACAGUUUCGAUGCUGAGGUUUUCCAGACAAAAGAUAUCCGCACACGCCUGCUGGCCAACUUCGGCGUGGGCUUUAAUCAUAUUGACCUGGCUGCAACGCAACGUUUGGGUAUUGCAGUCAGCAAUACCCCGGGAGUGCUUACCGCCGCAACUGCUGAGAUCGCCCUCACGCUGAUCUUGAUGACGGCCCGCAGGGCUGGUGAAGGUGAGCGCCACGUGCGGGGUGGCCAAUGGCAGGGCUGGUCGCCUACCCACAUGCUGUCUACACAGGUCAGUGGCGGCGUGUUAGGCAUAGUGGGUAUGGGUCGUAUUGGACUGGCAGUCGCCCGCAUGGCGUUUCAUGGUCUUGGCAUGCAGAUUGUUUAUACGUCCCGAUCACCACUCGCUGAAUCUGUGGCGCUGGAACUCGGUGCAACCCGAUUACCGUUGCCUGAACUGCUUGGUGCUGCGGACUUUGUCAGCCUGCAUUGUCCCGCUACGGUUGAAACCCGACACCUUAUCAACCCGGAGACCCUUGCCUUGAUGCAGCCCCAUGCUUUUCUUAUCAAUACCGCCAGGGGCGACAUCGUUGAUGAAGGUGCAUUGCUGGCGGCUCUGCGUGACAGAAAGAUUGCAGGGGCCGGGCUUGAUGUCUACGAGCACGAGCCACAGCUGUAUGCCGGUUUGGAAGCCCUGGAGCAGGUGGUUCUGCUGCCGCAUAUGGGCAGUGGCACUCAACAGACCCGUGAAGCGAUGGGCAUGCGUGCGCUUCGAAAUAUUGCGGUGCUUGCAGACUGGCAUCGACGCCCCUGGUGGAUGAACUUUAUUUUUUAUUUCUGUGUGUAUAUGACCUUCAUCUACAUGCCCUUUGAUAUCUUUUACAAGCCAGUGGCUGACGAUCAUGAAAUCUGGUUUGGAUUUUCACUGACAGGCUGGUGGGCCAAGGCAACCGCGCCGCUGCAUUGGCUGAUCUAUGGCGCUGGCGCAUAUGGAUUCUGGAAAAUGUCGCGUUGGAUGUGGCCCUGGGCGGCGGUCUACGCGGCACAGGUUGUCAUUGCGAUGUUCGUCUGGAACCUUGUUAAUGAAAAUGGUGCCGGUUGGCUAGGGUAUCUGUUUGCUGCAGCGACGCUGGGCUCAGUGCUGGCGUGGCUACUGCAUGGGGUGUUGGAUUUUGAGUAUAUCAAGAUCCUGUCUCGCGGCAUUCUUCUAUGGGCAGCUUUAGGUCUGAUUCCUCUCUGGCGCAUAGCCGGUCUGACGGCUGCAGAUCUGCAGUUGCGCCCGAUAAACUUGUCUCAGCUGUUCAAAGCUUACCCUCUGGGUCUGAUCAUUGUUGCGCCGUUGAUUCUGUUUUUUAUGGUGUCGGGCUUCAGGGUCAUUGAUGAUCGGGUGAUUUACACAGAUAUCGACAUCUGGCUGUUCGUUCUGACAGCGCUGCUCUCCGGGCUUCUGGUUGGCAUAUUCGAAGAGACAUUGUUUCGCGGUGUCCUGUUCAGCGUAUUGAGAAGGUCGCUUGGUUUCGGGUUUUCUGCCUGUGUGGUUGGUGUUCUAUACAGUUGCGUGCAUUUCCUGGACGCUGAAGCAAUUGAUGGCCUGCAAAUUCACUGGUACUCGGGAUACGCUCAUGUAUGGGCUGCAUUUUCAGGUCUUGCGUCACCAGCUGGAUACUGGGAUGCGUUUAUUGCUUUGUUUCUGCUUGGCAUUUUCUUCUGCUGGAUUCGAGAGCGCGCAGGAUUGUGGUGGUGUAUCGGUCUGCAUGCCGCCUGGGUGUUUGCGAUUCGGCUUUUCAAGGAAGUGACCGUGCGCGACAUUUAUAACCCUUUUGAAGUGUUGGUCAGCAGUUACGAUAACUUUGUGGGUCUGCUGGUGUCUUUCUGGCUGUUGUUUAUCUUUGUCGUCCUGUGGCUUGCACGCAGGGAUUACCUUCAGGAACUGGAUGAUUUCAUCGAUAAAGAAAUCACGCCACUGCAGAUGGAAAACGAUAACAAUCGAUUUUUUGACCAUCGUCGAGAAGAUGCGCGUACUGACUGGGAGAGGGGCGGUUUACCCAAUGAAGAAUGGGAACAGCUGCUGCACGAGGCAAAACGUCGUGCUGAUGCCGCAGGCCACUAUCGAUAUCCACUGGCCAAGGAGUUUGGCGGCAAGGAAGGCACAAACCUUGGUAUGGCAAUUAUUCGUGAGCAUCUGGCGGCUAAAGGGCUGGGGCUGCACAACGACCUGCAGAACGAACAUUCCAUUGUCGGCAACAACGUCGGCCUGCUGUUGAUGAUCCGCUAUGGCACCGACGCGCAAAAAGCUGAAUGGAUUGAUGACCUGGCUGAGGGCAGACGCGGAUUUGCCUUCGGCAUCACGGAACCGGACCACGGUUCUGAUGCAACUCACAUGGAAACCAACGCGGUCCGUGAUGGUGACGAAUGGGUCAUUAAUGGCUCCAAGACCUGGAAUACAGGCAUCCACAAAGCCAAAUACGACCUGAUCUUUGCGCGCACCAGCGGCAAGGCUGGUGACGGUGAAGGCAUCACCGCGUUUCUUACGCCGAUGGACAGCGAAGGCCUGAAAAUUGAAGAAAUGUUGUGGACAUUCAAUAUGCCCACCGACCACGGUCGUAUUUCCAUGAAAGAGGCCGCAUCUUCUCUGGGCGCUGCGCAGUUCUGCAUCAACGAAUCCGUCAAGUACGCCGGGGUAGAGCGACUUUCCGGUGGUGCCAGCCAGGAAACUUACCAGGUAGAAAUCCAGACUGGUAAUGGCACGCAACUGUUGGCCAUGCGUCGAGCCCCUGGUGGGGUUAAAGUCGAACCGGUUGCCGGACACCCCGGCCUGGACGUCGAAGCGCUGCUGAUGUCCAGUGCGCGGGACGCGGGCGUGCCUGAGCCUGAGGUCUUCCACGUCUUUGAUGACGAGGACGAUCUGGGAGAUGGAUUCCUCAUGCAGUGGCUUGAAGGCAUCGCUCUGGGUGCACGUGUAUUACGUUCGCCUGAGUUAGAUGAGAUCCGCCCUCAGCUGGCCUACAUGUGCGGCGAAGCCCUCGCGCGUAUUCAUGACAUAGACCUUGUUGCGACAGGCCUUGAUCAGAAACUGUCUCUGAUUGAACCUGGACAGUAUGUUGAACAAACCUGGGAGCGUUAUCGCGCGUUCAAUACACCGGUGCCGAUGAUCGACUACGCGGGCCGCUGGUUGAUGGACAACCUGCCCGAAAAUUUCACGCCAGCACUUGUACAUAAUGAUUUUCGCAACGGCAACAUCAUGUUUGAUGCCAACGGUAUCGUCGCAGUGCUUGAUUGGGAAGUGGCACAUAUUGGCGAUCCCAUGCGCGAUUUAGGCUGGAUAUGCACAAACUCAUGGCGCUUUGGCCGUUCGGAUCUUCCUGUUGGCGGGUUUGGUAGCUAUGCCGACCUGUUUGCGGGAUAUAAAAACGUCAGCGGUAUUGAUGUAGAUCCAGAACAGGUGAAAUUCUGGGAAGUAUUCGGCUCUUUCUGGUGGGCUAUUGGCUGUCUGGGCAUGGCGGAACAUUUCCGCACAGGUCCGGAUAAAACAGUAGAACGACCUGCGAUCGGGCGACGCUCGUCGGAGUGCCAGAUAGAUUGUGUAAACCUGUUGAUACCUGGCCCGGUUGAGCAGGUAAAAGCGCAGGACACUGAUAACGAAACUGACAUGCCACGUGUAGACGAGUUGUUAGUCAGCGUCAGAGAUUUUUUGCGUAACGAUGUUAUGGCAGAAACAAGCGGUCGAACGAACUUCCUGUCUCGUGUUGCCGGCAAUUCACUCGAUAUUGUGCUGCGUGAUACCGCGCUUGGUGAGCCCAGUCGUCAAGCUGAGCUGCAGCGCCUGCAGAACCUGUUUGGCGAAGGUGAUCUGAAUACACUGCGCUGGAAACUGGUUAAUGGCCUGCGGCAGGGUGAGAUAGCCCUGGAUACUCCGGGACUUGCAGACCACUUACGCAACACCGUGGCUAAUCAAGUGGCGAUUGAUCAGCCGAAGUAUUCUGGACUUGCCACCGCGCUGAAAAACUAA